UAAAGGAGUGUGGACAGUUUUGUCACCAUCCACCGGAGGAUUUGAUUCAGAAAUGUUGAGCAAGUGUGGCUGGCUUCUUUCCGUGGCUCUGUUCUGGGUGUGUUUGUCGCUGACAGAGAGCCAGGAUGUGUUCUUGACCCGGGCUUUGAAGCUGAUGUCGGAGACGCCGCUGAUUGACGGUCACAAUGACCUUCCAUGGCAACUUCGAAAGCAAUUCAACAACCAGCUCAACAGAGUGGACCUUCAUACGCUCUCGACAACGCACACCAACAUACCCAAGAUAAAGGAGGGACGUCUGGGAGCGCAGUUCUGGUCAGCAUACGUUCCGUGUGACACCCAGUACAAAGAUGCCGUCAGACAAACGCUGGAGCAGAUCGAUGUGGUCCACCGAAUGUGUGACAAAUACCCCGAAACCUUCAUGUUUGCCUACAGCAGUCAGGACAUCACGAAGGCCUUCUCCAGCAACAGGACCGCCUCACUGAUCGGGGUGGAGGGGGGUCACUCCCUCGACAGCAGUCUGGGGACCCUGAGAGUCAUGUACCAGCUCGGGGUUCGCUACCUCACCCUCACACACUCCUGCAACACACCAUGGGCUGAUAACUGGCGUGUCGACAAUGGAUCAGAGCCGUCACAACACGAUGGACUCUCACCUUUUGGCAAGCAACUGAUUGUGGAAAUGAACCGUUUGGGGAUGCUGAUCGACCUCGCCCACGUAACGGUCAAUGUGAUGAACCAAGUCCUGGACAUGUCAGCAGCUCCGGUCAUCUUCAGCCACUCCUCCGCCUACAGCGUGUGCAAGCACAAGAGGAACGUUCCGGAUGACGUCCUGAGGAGAGUGAAAGAAAAGGGCGGCAUAGUCAUGAUCAACUUCUACAAUGACUACGUGACCUGCAGCCAAAGUGCCAAACUCACAGAUGUGGCCGAUCACUUCGACCACAUUAAGAAAGUGGGCGGGCCUGACAUCAUCGGCUUUGGAGGAGACUACGAUGGCGUAACCAGACUACCUGAGGGGCUGGAAGACGUUUCCAAAGUUCCAAAACUGGUGGCCGAGCUGCUCAGAAGGAACUGGACUGACACGGAGGUGAAAGCUGCUCUGGGCAACAACCUGCUCCGUGUCAUGAAGAGGGUGGAGGAUGUCCGUGAUACUCUCAAAGCCAAGGAUCCAGAUGAUGUUCCCAUUCCUUACGAGGAAGUGGUGAACCCCUGCAGGACCAGCCACGGUUACCCCAACGCUGCACCGGUUCCCCUACUCAGCAGGCUGACCCUCCUGCUCACGCUCUUUGCCUGUGUUCAGCUGUUUUAAAGAGCUUCACGGUUCCGUUUGUCUCCCUGAGCCAGCACUCUGAAAUCAUCUGUAAAGUUUUCUCAUUGAAUAAAUCUUACC